AUGUCGUCUAGCUUCACUUUUGAGACUAUCCCCGCUGCUCAGGUGACUGGCACCAUGCUUGAGCAGGCUGCUGCGCUCUUCUCUGAUGCGUACGGUGUCUGGGGCCCGGAUGCUGCAGACAAGAUGGGAAAAUUCUGCAAGCCCGUGACAAGCACACACGUAAAGAUGUCGGUGGAGCGCCUUCGGGAGCAGUCUCUGGCUCCGGACACAAACAGCGUGCUUGUUCGUGCAAUGACUGGCGACAAGCUUGCAGGAUAUGCGUUCAUCUGCUGGGUCACCCAGCUCUGCGUGAGCUAUGAGUACCGUAGACAGAAGCUUGCAACUAGGAUCAUGCUUCGGCUGCGCGAGGGUGAACACGAUCGAGGCUUCGGUUUCCUGUCGUCACAUCCAGCCGAGCAUGCUGCGGGAAUAAUGGCUGCGUCACCAGUUGAGUAUGUGAGGAACGCUCAGCUCAAGAGGAGCGUCUUCGGCAUCGAUAACGGUUCGGUGUGCUGCGCAAACACCGACUUCUUGGUUGAUCACGCUGAGCCUUUGGCUGCACUGGCCGAGGUCAAGAAGAAGGUCCACUGGCCUUUCGGUGAGCUCCCUGAGGGCUGCGAAUUUUUGGUAUUGAUCAAGGGUGCUGGGGUCAGCAAGUAA